AUGCCUCUGCCACGGCAACAGGCAAAGCUGCCCUACCGGCAAAGAGCCUCGCCCUCCAAGACCAAAAGCAAUUCAAAAGGUGCCAACGUGCCUUUGAGUGUAUCCGGUGUAUCUUAUUCUUCCAAACAUGAAUGGCGAACACGGUCAAGCAUAUAUAUCGGCGUCAACAAUCUGCCUGUCGGUACAAGUGCAGAGUAUUUAUGGCGUUGGUUUCAAUCCGAGGGCAUUGUUACUUGGAUAGAAAUUUUCAGGCCCAAGCUUGACCAUGGGAAGACAUUUGCAAAGGUUCGUUUUGAGCCUCCCCCCAGACGCAAUUUCUGGAGACAAGGGUUCGUCGAAGUAGAGCAUCCAGACGUCCAGAAAUACCCGAGGGGGUUGGAACUCAAGGUGGCUCUUCUGGAGGAGCGGCCAUCAAACGACAAGGCAAAAGACCCAAAAUACCCGGACAAGAUCGUCUUAAACCUCGAGUCCUUGGCUUUUGGUAGUAUGUUAAAUCCUACAAUGAUGCGAGUUAUGAAAAACGUCCACUCACCUGGCCAUUUGCCGUUGGAACUUGAUUUUGAUCAGAAAAUCAUGACCGUCCUCUUUUCUACCAUUUCUCAAACUGGGCACCGCAAAACUAGCAAGACCUGGAAAGCACGAUUUCAGAUCUCUAACAUUAAAGCUCUCAUGGAAUCUACGGACAGCAACGGUGCAAGACACUGGGUAUUUACGCUACCGUACCCUCCAGAAUAUUUCACGGAAGUAGAUAACAUCCUGGAUACGUUCCGAGGCAACUCUCAAAGGUGGUCCGCAACAGAUACGUGGUGCCGGGCCACAGAUAUUGUGGGGGACAAUCAUGAUACCACCAGAGAUCCGAUUGCUAUUCACAAUGAAAUACAGGACGACAUGUAUAUUGACAUUGGUCGAUGGACGGCUUUCCGUUUGUCAUUUAACUGCAACGCUGCAGAUAAUUUAGCAUCAUAUUCAAGCUUUCUGUCAGCCUUAAAGCGUCUGAAUGUAUCUCUCCGGCCGAGCUGCAACUUCGAUACCCGUACCGACGCUACCAACCUUUGGGACUGUCUCGAGGAUUCGUCAGCCAUUGACACGAGCCAGCCUUCUGCUCUCCUCGUUAUGCCUCAAAAGGUGCAUCUGCCCUUCGAAGUGCGUUACCAGCUCGAGGUAUGUGUCUCCCGAGGCAUCUUGAAUGAAUAUACAAUCACUAUCGAUUUCCUUCAACGUCUCAGUAGCAUACCAGCACUAGAUGCUACACAUAGACUCGAAUAUCUUGUCGAUCAAAACGAAAAGUUGGUUGACCCCAUGGAUCUCUUCGAUAUAGAAGAUGCAAAAGCUUACGCCCCAAUCACACAAAUACCAACUUACUGCACCUAUGGCCGCAAAGCUUCUAUAACACCAACAACCAUCCGCUUUGACUCGCCGACGGUAGAGACGUCCAACCGAGUUGUACGAAAGUACAGCCAGCUCCAAGACCGUUUCUUGCGAGUGCAAUUUGUCGAAGAGUCUGAAUUGAACCGUGCUGGAAGAAAUAGACAAAACAAUGUCAAGGUCUGGGAACGAAUCGAGCGAGCCUUAUUUAGAGGCAUCCGCAUAGGGGGUCGGCAUUACCAAUUUUUGGCAUUCGGGAGCUCGCAGUUAAGACAGAGCAGCGCAUAUUUCUUCUGCCCUACUGAUCAUGUGUCUUGCGAUGAUAUCCGUGCUUGGAUGGGGCAGCUUGAUCACAUCAAAACCGUCGCCAAGUACGCUGCCCGUCUGGGCCAGUGCUUUUCAACAACGCGGGAUGUAAAAGGCAUAUGGCAGCCUAACAUUAAGCAAAUUGACGACAUAGAGCGUGAUGGGCAAUGUUUCACAGACGGCGUGGGCAAAAUAUCUGGCUUCCUUUCUGGGUUCAUCAUUGACGAGAUGACCUUGGAUGUAUUUGAACACCCCACAGCCUUUCAAUUCCGUAUGGGAGGCUGUAAAGGUGUCCUUGCCGUUUGGCCACAGGCGGAGAAGAUGGAGGUUCAUGUCAGGCCUUCGCAAGCAAAAUUCAAAUCUAAUUUUCAAGGCCUAGAAAUUGUACGCUGUGCGGCAUUCUCGACGGCGACUCUCAAUCGACAAACUAUUACAAUACUGGAAAGCCUCGGCGUUCCGCAGGAAGUUUUCAUGAAACUAUUGAAAGAUCAUAUCCAUUCGUUUGAGAAUGCCGCAACUGACAACUCGGUUGCCAUCGACCUGCUCACCAAGUUUGUCGACGAAAAUCAAUCUUCCUUGGUUCUGGCUGAACUUCUAAAGGCCGGAUUCAAGACAGAUCAGACUGUGGAGCCGUUCACCCUUAAUCUUCUGAAUCUCUGGAUAUCUUGGUCCUUUCGACUUUUGAGGGAAAAGGCAAGAAUAAGUGUGCCAAACAGUGCAUUUGUCCUAGGGUGCGUUGACGAAACUGGAACACUACGAGGCCAUUCUAAGGACACAGAGGGCAGUCCCAAUAAGGACAUCCAGAAGCUUCCUCAGAUUUUUUUGCAAUAUACGAACCCGAAAUACCCCAUGGAAACCAACAUUGUGAAGGGAUUAUGCAUUGUGGGAAGAAAUCCUUCACUUCACCCGGGAGAUAUUCGAGUUGUCCAUGCAGUUGACAACCCAAACCUUACGCACUUGAAAGAUGUCGUUGUAUUUCCAUCAAAAGGGGAUCGGCCUGUGCCGGCCAUGCUCUCCGGUGGUGACCUUGAUGGCGAUGAUUUCUUUAUUAUUUGGGACCCUGACCUUCUUCCGAAAGAAUGGAAUUACAAACCAAUGGACUACAGCGCGCCGCCUUCCCGUGAAUUAGACCGAGAUGUCUCAGUUGAUGACAUGCGCAAAUUCUUUGUCAACUAUAUGAAAAAUGACGUAUUGGCUCUCAUUGCAACUGCGCAUCUUGGAUUUGCAGAUGAGCAUGGACCAAAGUCAUCAAUAUGUUUAGAAUUGGCAGGAUUGCACUCUCAGGCCGUAGACUAUGCGAAAACCGGAGUACCGGCUGAAUUUAGUUCCAGGUUGCAGCAGAAAAGGUGGCCGCAUUUUAUGGAGAAGAAAUCUUCAUACAGAUCAAAGAAGGCCCUGGGUGCACUUUAUGACGAAGUGGUGAAGCAUUCUUUCCAGUUUCAUCCUGAUUGGGAACACUCUUUCGACAAGAGAGUCUUGGAGAGAUACGAGCUAGAUGAUGAUAUCUUGACCGCUGCCGAGAAAAUUAAAGGGCAGUACGACGCUGCUGUGCGGAGACUGCUCGUUCAGCACAAUGUUGAAACCGAGUUUGAGCUGUACACUGGCUGGGUCAUGUCAGGUACCAAGGUAAGCUCUGACUACAAGAGACAGGAAGACCUGGGUCGUGAAUUUGAUGCUUUGAAGCAACGGUUCAGAGAGCAGUGCUGCAACAUAGCUGGCGGCACCGAAUCACCGCAACUGGACAAGUUUGUUGCCGCCAUGUAUAAAGUUACAGAAACUCAGGCAAAGGAGACACUCAAUUAUAAAGAGGAUGCCACGGCUGGAGAUAUCUCGACCGACUCAGGUCACGAGCCCAAAUUCAAUACACCGCUUAUCAGUUUCCCAUGGAUCUUUCACUGGGUAAUGAUACGUCUUGCCAUGGGCGACAAGUACAAGCCAGGGAAGUCUGUUCUGGCCGCGGCUCGACGAUCUCGACUGUUUAACCAUCCGCACUUGUCACAGUCCAAUUUUGCGUCAGUGACAACGAUGUCAGGUGUCGAUGAGAGCAGUAGCAACAAUCAAGGCGUUUCUUCGCCUGCGAUGAACACCGGAGAGCCCCUUGGUCAGCAGAAUACGGACGAGGGAGAAGAUGUACCCAUGCAAACCCUCGAAUCGGGAACCAAGGAUGACACCAACAUUGGCCAGGAUGGGGCAGAGGAUUCGUAG